AUGCCUGAGUUCAUUAAUAAAAAUGUUGGUCCAUUUGUAUCUCAUCGGCGAACCAUGCAAAGGCAUAGAAAAUCUAAUCAACCAACAUCACCACAAACCAUGACCGAUUUCCAUUACCAAUUGACUGGAGACUAUGUUCAUCUUCCAGUGAUGGAUAAUGUACCUAUUUAUAUGGGAAAAAUAGGCACUGACCCCGAAGAAGGGACUACAAUGUUGUUUGUAUUACCAGAAAUUAAAAAUAUACUGAGGACUGGAUCAACGUUUUUGAUGGAUGGUACAUUUGCUGCUGCUCCAUCAUUUAACCGGGAGUGUCAACAGCUAUAUGUUAUAAUGGGUAUAACAUUCAACACCGGAUUCCCAAUUGCAUUUGCUUUGAUGUCAAGAAAGACAGCGAGGGCUUACAAUGCCUUAUUUAAAUGGCUAUUAGAAAUUGAGCCACAGUGGACACUACAAACAAUUAUUGUAGAUUUUGAGAGAGCUGCAAUGGUGUCAUUGAAAGCAAUUUUCAAUAACGUUACGAUAAGGGGUUGUUGGUUCCAUAGCUCUCAAGCUCUGUGGAGAAAAGUUGGAGAAUUUGGAAUGAUAGAAAUAUGUACCGGGCAUCGAAAUGCAUAUGACAUCGUACAUAUGCUAAUGGCAUUACCACUUUUGCCUGUGGAUAAGGUGAUGGAAGGCUUUCUUUCUAUAAGACAAUUUUACACAGAAAAUGUUGAAAAUAGUUUGCCAGUGGAAAGCUGUAGAAUACUGUUGUAA